AUGGCUUAUGACCUGCCGCUCUUGUCGCCACCCAUGGCGGCUCCGAGAUUACCGCCGCCGGACUGCUUGCUGAGGAACUCGCAGCCGCAGCCGCAGCCGCAGCCUAGAUAUAUGCUUUCGGCGCAUAGUGACUAUAUGAAUCGUCCGGCUUUGGCUUUGCCUCAGAUGCCCAUGUCCAGGCCCAUGCCCAUGCCCAUGCCCAUGCCGUUGCCGUUGCAGAUGCAGGCUCAGACUCAAGCUCAGGCUCAGAAUCGCAUACAGACGCUGCCGUUGCGGAUGCAUCAUCAGGCCCCUCUGCCAGCUACCGAUCUACGCGACUAUAGUGCCUCGUACACGGAGAGAUCGAGUCCUAUGCUAGCCCAUGGCCAUGAGUAUCCCAUUCCGAUUCCGAUUUCUAGUAAUCGGGCCCGGACAUACGACCAGGAGUCCCAGUAA